CUCAGAACUGCCACGAUACAGAAAAAACAGGUAUUUUUAUCCGCCGGAGAAAACGAAGCAGAAUUGGCCGAAAUCUUCUGUAUUCGGGGGUUUAAUCGGUGUGUUUUUGUGUGUAAUCGGUUAAGCAGAACGACGCGUGUUGCGAGUGACGGUCCGAAGCAAGCGGCUGCAGGAUGAAGGUGAAAGAGCUACAGAAGAUGGUGAACGUUGCGUGGUCACCGGCGCAGCAGAGCCCCAUCAUGCUGGCAGCCGGUACCGCGGCACAGCAGCUGGACGCUUCGUUCAGCACGAGUGCCACCCUCGAGCUGUACUCGAUCAAUCUGGCCGAUCCGAGCUACGAUCUCGAACUAAAAGGAACGCAAUCGAGUUCGCAACGCUUCCACAAGCUCAUCUGGUCACCGUUGGCCGGUAGCGAGGCUGCCGGUGGUGGUGGUGGCAUCUCCAGCCCCUCCGGAUUGAUCACCGGAGGAUGCGAGAGCGGUGUGCUGCAGGUGUACAAUGUGGCGCAGCUGCUAGCGGGCCAGAAUGCGCUGGUAGCGCAACAGGAGAAGCAUCAAGGUGCCGUCCGGAGCCUGGACUAUAAUCCCUUCCAGCACAAUCUCGUGGCCAGUGGUGCGUCCGAGUCGGAAAUAUUCAUCUGGGACCUCAACAAUACGGCCGUACCGAUGAGCCCCGGCGCUAAGGUGACACCCUUCGAGGAUGUCCAGGGGUUGGCCUGGAACCGGCAGGUGCAGCACAUCCUAGCGUCCGUCUUUCCCUCCCGGUGUGUCAUCUGGGAUCUGCGGAAGAACGAACCGAUCAUCAAGCUGAGCGAUUCGCAAUCACGCAUACGCUGGCGUGUGGCACAGUGGCACCCGGAAGUGGCCACACAGCUGUGGCUAGCCAGCGAGGAAGACCAAUCACCGACGGUGCAGUUGUGGGACCUGCGGUAUGCUACGGCACCGGCCAAAACCUUCCACAUCCAUCAGCGAGGCGUACUGGGGCUUACCUGGUGCCCGAAAGAUCACGAUCUGGUCGCUUCCUGUGGAAAGGAUAAUCGGAUCAUCUGCUGGAACCAAAACACGGAGGAUCCGAACGGUGAAAUACUGUCGGAGCUGGCGACCACGAAUCAGUGGAACUUUGAUGUGGCCUGGUGUCCCCAGAAUCCGGCCCUUAUUGCCGGCUCGAGCUUCGAUGGGAACGUGACGAUCUAUUCGAUCCAUGGCGGUGUACAUCAGCAGGUGCAGACGAGCAACAAGAUUGCCGAUUCGUUCCCCGGUAUGGAGCAUAUCGGACACGAACCGAUCCCGCAGCAACACGCAUCGCAAUCGGAUGCGGCCGUGUGCAACGAUCUCAAGCGACCACCACGCUGGAUGCGCCGACCAGUAGGCGCUUGCUUUGGGUUCGGUGGAAAGCUGGUUACGUUCAAUGGCACAAGCCGCACGGUAACGGUCAACCAGGUCAUAACGGAUCCGGAACUGGUGCAACGCUCGAACCAGCUCGAACAGGCGCUUGCGGAGGGUAACUUUGUCGAUUACUGUCGCCAGAAGGCCGACCAAACGACCGAUCAGCAUUCGCGGCUCCUGUGGUACUUCUUGAAGGCCAACUUUGAAGCCGAUCCACACUCCGAGAUGCUGAACCUGCUCGGGUACGAAACCGGUGACAUGGUGAGCAAGUUCAAGAAGUACGUGGUCGAUUCAGGGAACGAUAAUGACCAGUCUGGGUCUAAUCCGGUCGAUGGUCUGAGCGAUCAGAUGGCUGGCCUGAGUCGGAACAAUUCCACUGAAACGGAAACCAGUACAACGGAUGAGAGCACCGAUUUGUCGAUUACGGAUAACAAUGCAGUGUUCGAUGCUAUUGCCGCUUCCACUAUUGGCAAACAGCAGGAGGAAGAGAACUCAUCGAAGCACAACGGUGGGCAGGAACACUUGCCGUACAAAAUCCGUACCGGAGGCGAUAAGGAAGGUUUAAUUUGUGAGGCUCUGUUAACGGGAAACCUCGAGGCUGCGGUCGAGCUGUGCAUGCAGGCAGGCAAAACGAGUGAAGCUCUCAUACUAGCGAUGAAUGGUGGAUCGGAAUUGCUGGCCAAGGUGCAGUAUCGGUAUCUGCGCAACAACGAGAACUACCUCUCGAAUUUGAUUUCCGCACUUGUGACCUCGGAUUGGAGUGGCGUCGUAGCCCAAUGUACGAUCGAUUCUUGGAAGGAAGCAUUGGUAGCGGGUAUUACGCAUUGCAAGCAACAGCUUCCGUUGCUCUGUGAACAGCUCGGUCAACGGUUACAGUACGAAGCGGGUAGCAACGCCGAGCUCGCCCGGAAUGCCAUCCUUUGCUACAUCUGUGCCGGUAACACCGAGCGCCUGGUGGAAGCGUGGAGUCUUGCGAAGCAAGGCAACGGUGUGAACGGCACUGAAUACGGCGAAGACGAGCUGGAUAAGAACAACAACAGUAACCGUGAUCUACAGGAGCUGGUCGAGGUAGCGAUGCUGCUGCAGCGAGCACUCGAGAAGCAAGGCCGUGCCACACAAGCGACGGGCAAGCUGGCUGAUCUAUUGUCCCAGUACGCACGGUUGCUGGCUGCUCAGGGUUCCCUUCCAUCGGCCCUAACGUACGUCGGUAACUCGACGGAUCCCGAGUUGGAAGAGCUCCGGGAACGGUUGUACUACGCGCUGGGACACAAGAGCUAUGCCGCACCGGCAUCCGGUCAUGGUCGUGUUGGAUAUGGUGCUGGUAACACACAGCAACCCACUGCCCAACCACCUUUCAAUCCAUUGUUCCCAACGAUUGGUCAAGCGGCAAAGAUGAAGGCCGCUUAUGGGCAGCCGCAGCCACCAACGAUCCCGCCAUCCACGUUGACCUCCGCUACUCUCUCACAGCCGGGUUGGAACACGACUCCGUUCCAGCAACAGGUGCCUCCGGUUGGUGUGCCACCGAUCACCACUGCUCCUCUGCCUCCAGCGGUAUCCAUGAUGAAACCUCCGCUAGGACCACCACCAUCGUCUUCGUCGAUCACGAACGAUCAUCUUACUCAACCACCACGACCCUCGAGCGUGAGCUCACAAUCCGGUGGCUCAACGACACUUGGCCGUGCAAAGUACGUGCUCGAUCCUUCGGUUCAAUCAGGGCCAACCUAUGGCCAACAGCAGAGCUUCUACAAUCCGUACCAACAGCAGCAGCAGCAAUCGAACAGUGGCCCCGGACCGUACAACACUGCACCAGUGCAGGCCACACAACCGCAGCCCGGUAACUUCUACAAUCCGACGGCACAACCUCCUGCACCAGCGCCGGUUGUUCCUCCAGCAAGCAACACCUUUAAACCAUUCACACCUGCACCGCUCGUACAGCCAACGUUGAACAACAACGCCAGCUACAUAUCACCACUCGAUCAGCAGCAACCGAACUACGGAUAUGGUUCUCAACCGGGAGGCCCAGUGCCCAGUUCAACGGCACCACCACCACCGAUGGCGAGCCAAAUGCAAAAGAACCCAACACCACCACCGGGCUGGAAUGAUCCUCCGGCACUGAAAGGCACGACGAGACCACAGCCAAAGGCGGAACCAGCGACGAUGGCACCGAUCAUGUCACCCCUUCCACCGGGCCUGGCACCAUCGAAUGGGUAUCCGGAUCCAAACAGCAACUACAUUAUGCAGCAGCAGCAGCAACAACAGCAGCAGCAUACUGGUGCCGGUGGUGCUCAGUACAUGGCACCAUCGCAACCGAGCAACAUGUACGGUGGUGGUCCUGGUGGUGCACCACAGGCAGCCCCUCCGACCACCAUCAACUACCAAAACUUCCAGCAAACUCCCCUGGGUGCCGCCAUCGGUGGACAGGCACCACCAGUACCGGCACCGAUGGGUGGUGGUGUGUUCUAUCCCGGGCAGCCGCAGGAUGGAAUGAACCAGAUGCAACCACCGCUGCAACAGCAGCAGCAAGCUCCACCAGCACCGGAACCACCGAAACAGAAGCCACCACUCCCGGAGCAGUACGUCUUCAUACAGACCGUGUUCGAGGAGCUGAAGCGUCAGUGCGUGGAAUCGGCCGGUAAUCCCCAAACGAAGCGAAAGCUGGAGGACGUCUCGAAACGAUUGGAAUCGUUGUACGAUCUGUUGCGAGAGAAUAGGCUCUCCCAGAACACGCUGAACUCGCUUGCCCAGCUGGUUGGGCUCGUACAAGCCGGUGACUACGCCAACGGAAUCGGACUCCACACGCAGAUGGUAUCCGGUCCCGAUUUCGCCCAGAUCGCUAGCUUUAUGCCGGGCAUUAAGGUGUUGCUGCAGUCGGCGAUGCAGCUGCAGGUUUAUCUACGAUAAGCACCGGCACCAGCGGGAUUUGGCAUUCCAGUUAUCGGUGUGGUGCAGGUGCAUACAUGCGGGGGACGCGCGAGCGCGCGCGCUAAUUAUUAGAAGCCGUCAUCCCGCGGGACAGUGGCCGGAAUAACUUGCAAUUCAUUUGGUUAUUAUUGUAUUUUGAUAACGAAUAAAUAAAUCCCAUUAACUAUUUACACACACUA